CUCGCUUCCUCAGUCUGGCGUGUGUUGUGCUGCGGUGUGAGUGUCGCUCGUCCUUCCCGCGUUCGAAAUACCUCAAAAUCUGAGAUAACGAGCACUUCCGAUCUGUUACGCGAGAAUCGUGGUAUCGCAACGGUGUCUUGCGCAAGAGGUCACGAGGGAUAGAUAUGCGGUGAGUGUGAGAUUCCGACAUAAGAGAAAGGCUGUUUAUGAGGAGUCGCGGAUCGGAAGAAGCGCAGGGCGUCGUCUGCAUGUUUACAUAGCGCAGUUCGGGACGCGUUCCUCACCCUACGAUUUUUGUGACCUCUUCGAGCAGCAGGAGAACACGGCGAAGACAAGCUAGACAACAUGGGCAACAUACACACCGUCGGACCAAACGAAGCUCUAGUGGUGUCAGGUGGCUGCUGCGGCGCCACGUCCAAGAAGACCAUCGUCGGAGGAUGGGCGUGGGCGUGGUGGUUCGUGACCGACGUGCAGCGCCUCUCCCUCGAGGUGAUAACACUAAACCCACGAUGCGAGAAUGUAGAAACCUCCCUGGGUGUUCAGGUGACAGUGACGGGCGUAGCACAGGUGAAGGUCAUGAAGGAAGAAAAGGUGCUGAAGAUUGCCUCAGAGCAGUUCCUGGGCAUGUCCAGCGAUGAGAUCAAAGGCACCAUCCUCAUGACACUCGAGGGCCAUCUCAGGGCCAUCUUGGCCACACUGACGGUAGAGGAAGUGUACCGUGACCGUGACCAGUUUGCGUCCCUUGUAAGAGAAGUGGCGGGAAUGGAUGUUGGAAGAAUGGGUAUUGAGAUUCUGUCCUUUACCAUCAAGGAUGUGUAUGAUCGUGUUGAUUACCUGGCAUCAUUGGGCAAGUCCCAGACAGCUGCAGUAAAGAGGGAUGCUGACAUCGGUGUGGCUCAGGCAAACAGAGAUGCAGGAAUUAGGGAAGCUGAAGCAGAGAAAGCUGCUAUGGAUGUGAAAUACAACACAGAUACCAAGAUUGAAGACAAUGCUCGUCUGUACAAGUUGCAAAAGGCACAAUUUGACCGUGAGAUCAAUACUGCGAAAGCUGAGGCACAGCUGGCAUACGAACUCCAGGCAGCAAAGACGCGACAGAAAAUCCGAAACGAAGAAAUUUCGAUUGAAGUUGUGGAGAGGAGAAAGCAGAUUGAGGUUGAAGAACAAGAAAUCAAGCGAAAAGAGAAGGAGCUGAUGGCUACCAUCCGUCUCCCAGCUGAAGCAGAAAGUUAUCGUGUGGAAACCAUUGCUCAGGGUCGUCGCACUCAGACAGUGGAAGCUGCCAGAGCUGAAGCCGAACGUAUUAAGCGCAUUGGAGAAGCUGAGGCUUAUGCUGUUGAAGCCGUGGGUAAGGCUGAAGCAGAGAGUAUGAAGUUGAAAGCUACUGCCUUCAAGCAGUAUGGUGAUGCAGCUAUUACAGCUAUGGUGCUUGAGAGCCUGCCACAGAUUGCUGCUGAAGUUGCUGCUCCUCUAGCCAAGACCGAGGAGAUUGUGAUGGUUGGUGGAGGAGACACGGUGAGCAACGCCAUCAACAAGAUGUGCAGUGAAUUGCCACCUGCUGUCCAUGCUCUAACUGGUGUUGAUCUUUCAAAGGUGCUAGGCAAAGUACCAGGUGCGACUGUCACCCAACCCACAGCAGCUCCACGUGUAGCCCCGACAGCAGUGUAAAGCUCCACUUGAAAGGAAUAUCUAUUUAUCCAGUGGAAGGACGUCUAGAGAACUACUAUUAGAAAAUAAGAUAUAACUUUCUCCAUAGAUGUAACAAGUCAAGCAGCACAGUUUUAUUGAGAAAUGGUUAUUUACAGGAUACUAGAGAGUAAUGUCAAAUUCAUUGAUACUGAGUAGUUAAUUUACAAAAAAGACAGUAUGCAUCAUAUGAAAUUUUUAUUAAUUCAGUAUUUAUUUAUGGUCGAUUAUCUCUUUGUUUCAUAUUUUACAAAAAAGAAAAAAUGAUGGACUUUAUUUGUAGGAAAUAAAUUUUGAGAUGCAGAAUAACUUUUAAAAUAUAUUUAAAACAAGAUUAUGAUUGUCCCCCUAAAGGUUGGGCAUUUUUAAUUCCUAUCUUUUAGAAACAAAAUGAUGCUUUAUUUUAUAAUUUGUAGGUUAGAUGAUGGUAAGGUAAUUCUCAGGAUCUUGUAUAACAAAUUAAGUCUAAAGGAAGUUUGUUUAUGUUUGUAUUGCUCUGUAAAAUAUCCUCCUAUUUCUGAAUGUGUCACAGCCUGCAGGAGGAGAGACUUCUGAAGGACAGCAAACUGCAUUUGUGGAUUGCAAAUGCAGCAGUUGUUGCUCUGUUUGACUGAUUUCUUUUUAUGUUGCAGGUUUAUACAUUAGUACAGUCUUUGUGUUGUUUUAAUUUGGAAUAUCUUGAAAAAGUUAUUUGUUGUUGUUGUUAAAACUAAGGUCUCAAAAUUUGUUUUGUAUCUAUGCAGUGGUAGUGCUGUAUGGCAAUUGUUUUUUACAAGUAGGAGGAUACAGAUUAAGGUAGCAGAAAUCUACCACAUGGAAUCAUCAAUAUUUGCAUUUGUUUUAUAUUUUAGUCACUAUGUGUAGCUACAGUGAUAGCCAAAGUAUUUGUAACUAUGACACUUUGACUUGUUUUACAGUUCUAGUCCACAGGAAACAUUACCUUUCAAUAAAGGAUUAUGGAUGAAGGAACAUGCAAUUAGAACAUAUUAUUGUGCUUUUAUAUUUUUUAAAGUUUUAAAUGUAAAAUAUAUAUAUCACAAGAAUUAAAUGAAUUAAUUACAAAUAUGCUUCAUCGAAAUACUUUUUGUAGUGGAACUGGUAUUGCAAAACGUGCCAUUAGAUUGUCAGUAUACAAUCAGUAGUCACAAAAGAGAAAAACGAAAAGAAAAUGAAAGCUGCUACAAUCAUUUAACUCAUGAUGUGCUACACUAAUAGAUCUAAGGAACAUUUUUUAGGUCACUGCCAGAUGUAAUGUGCUUUUUAGAGUAUUUUUUUCAUAUAGAUUUUGUUAUAUCCCUUUUUUUAUUUUUAAAGGAUUUGGGGAUUAGCAUCUUAAGCUGUCAAAAAUUGCCCAUAGCUGUCAGAAUUUGGAUUCAGGUUCACAUGCUGUUUGAAAUUUUAAGUUGUUUGGAAAUAUAUAUAUUUUUGGGUCAUACAUUUUGGGUAUACACAUGAAUGAAUGAUUUUGUAUAGUACAAUAUAAUGUUUGUCAAUCACAAGUUCCAUAUGAAUAUUUCAUCAGAAUAAGGAACAGAAUUUGGUCUGUGAAAUCAUUCAUUUGCAUGGAUAACUUUCUCAAUAAUUUGCUAUGAAUCCUCUUGUACCAUAUUUUGUAUAUGUUCAUUUUUAAAACAUCAUUAUUUACUUCAGAUGCUUUAUUUAGUUGUAUUAGACAUGAUUCCCAAAUCUUACACUGUCUAGCUUCAUAUGUAACAGGUUUAUUUUUACUACCAUGUGUUCCCCAUAUAUAUUAUCUUGAAUGUAUUAUUCUGAAACACAUCUACUCUUUUCACUCCACACUUGCAUUUUAGUAGGUGAGGUUUCACUCUAGUCUAUGCUGUUUACAUGUGCUCAGUGCUAAAUAUUGUUUAAUGGAGAUAUUCAACCUUUCUUUUCAGUCCACAAAGAGGUCUUGUCACACAGCCCCCUGAUUUAGUCCAUAGGAAUGCUGUAAUAAGUGCAAAGAUACUUUUGAUAUGUAUUUUUGACUUCAAGCAAUUCAAAUGUGAUGAGAAGAUUAUGAAAUUCUCAACAUAGUGUAUAUGGAGGUCCACUUUCCUGCAUGAGUCAAAGGAAUUAUUAUUUUGAUGUAGAACGAUUUCAAUCUCUUUUUGGAUAUACCUUAUUUAACUGGUAUGCCUUAUGUUUGGAGGAAUGAAAGCAUCACUUACAGAUACUCAAAUAUAGGCCUGAUACCUGAACUUUGUUUCAUUCUUAUAUGUUUUUGGGCCAAAUAACCAAGAAUAGAUAUAAUUAUAAUGGAGAUUCAAUUUGGUUUGUGUAUGCUUUUGCCAGAAAAUUGCCUUUUGUUUUUUUUUAUAUUUUCUUGUGAGAUUAUAUAUUCGUUUUAAAACAUUAGUACAAAACAAAGUCAGAGUGGUGUACUUAGUCCCCAUGUUUUUAAGAUAAUAGAUCAAUUGAAAAACUAUUAUUAUGGAAAUAGAGAUCAUAGAAGAAUUUAAUUCAGUCAUUAACUUCAGAUGGCCUUGUUAUUUAUAAGUCACUGUAGCAUUUUAAAGAUUUACCCAUAAGAUCUAAAAAUUAUGUUCUUCUUUACUUGUGUGUUGUGUUUGUUUUUAAGUAUACAGUAUUUUGUAAAAGACAUUUGAACAUCUUGCAGUAGUGGAAGAUUUAUGAUAUACCCUAACAGACGAAUCCCACUAGUGCCUGUGCAAUUUACAGUAAAUGGCGUCAUAUUUAGCCAGUACUAUUGUAUCUACAUCUUCUUAAUAUUUCCAAACUGAGGUCACUUGCCAGUAUGUGGAGUGCUUUGAUAUGAUGUUUACCAGAAUCUGUUGUGAGAUUAUGGUGUACAUGCCCUGUUAACUGUUGUACUAUUGUAAAACACACAUGAAGCUCUAGAAUGUGCUAUGUACAUUUUGUUUGUAUAAUGUUUUAAAAGUAUACAUACGUAUAAUUAAAUCUGUCUGUCUUUGGAUAUAUACCUGUAGCUUUUGCUGGCUGUGGUGAACUCACAAAAAAGCCACAGAAAUUAAUGAUAAUGAUAUUCCUUUAAAAAUUCCAGGGAUUUAAGCAAUUCAGAUUUUGAGCUUGAGAAUGUAUUUAGCAUUUCACCUCAGCUGAAAUAUUACAGUAUUUGUAAAAUACCUGUCUUUGUUCAUCAGUUCUUCUCUCACUUCAGUGUCUCAGUGUAGCUCGUAUCUUGUAGCUCAUUCAUUUCUCAGAUUAGACAACCUAUACAAAUUCAUCAUCGUUGGUGCCUUCCCAUUCAGUGGGAUUCAAAAAAGUUGCUGUAAUGCUAUAAAAAGCAGUAUAUUUUCCCUUUUACACAUAGCCUAGUUUUGCUAGGGUCUGUAUCUGAGACAGUUUAUCACUACCUCCAUGUUAGAAGCAAAUAGCAAGGUCAACCCUGAGGUAUGUGAAUUAAGGGCUCAUAAAGGAGCACUGCUAGUUAUACUCAAACCUAUUUAGUAAUUACUUAAAAAAGGAAGAUGAAGCUCAUCACAAAAAUAAGCACACCAGUCUAGGACUCAAUUAUACGUAGAGAUAAAUAUGAAAAAAGUGAAAAAGCAACUCUUACUGCAGGGAAAUGCCUCUUAUUUUUCAUCAUGAAUUUUAAGAUAUAAUGGGAUGGACUGGAAGUUUAUGACAAACCAGUUUUCCAUGUCUGCCUUUUUGAGCAGCCAUGAUACCAGUAUAAUUAGCACCUAACUUCAUUAAGAUGAGCUUUUUGCACAUAUUUUGCUACAUUACAUUUGACUAGUAAUGUGUUCUUUGGAAAUGGGACAUUUUCUAUAUUGAUAUUUAUACAAAAAAACAAAUAUAUGUCUUUUCAAUGCAAUAUAACUGUGGAAAGAUCAGAUGACUUUAAUAUUAAAGGAUUAAGCAAACUGUAUUUUCAGUUUCGUAAACUAUGAGAAGGAGAUUCAAGCGUGUGUUUAAUAUGAUAGGAUAUAUUGUAUUACCUGUACUACUUUAAAGCCACUCAAAGGCUCCCAUUGUUAAUUUUCGAAUGUAUCUUUACAACAAAUGUCUUUAUAUUGGCUUCUCAGAGGAACUCAGUCAUAUAUUCUCUCACAUUUGUCAUUAUUAUCAUUAAACGUGUUUAUUCAUGGUAAUAAAAGGGAUAAUGGCA